AUGAUGCACUGGCUAUUUCAGAUAUUUUUUCAAACAACAGUGGCUGCCAACACAACUUCUUCUUCCUCUUAUUCUACAUUUAAAGUAGGCCAUUAUUAUUCUUAUUCUUCCUUAUUACUGAACGAUCUUACUGAACGUACUACACUCGACGUGACACGCCACAACUCAAUGAUUGUCAACCGCUUUGACUAUUACUGCGUUGAAUACUCCAUCUCGCUAUCCUAUGUAGAUGAGGGUAUUCAUGAUGGUAAGGCAGCUGUUUUAUAUCAAGGUAUCGUACGUGAUUUAGGGAGUCGACAAGAGAUGGCCAAGAAUGUGGCUGUCGAUGGUGCCCUGUUGGACACACGUAUUAAAUGUGCUCAAUUCUUGGUCAAACGAUGGAUCUCUAUUAAGGCUGAAGGUGGAUUUGCUACCGUUGAUAAAGAAAUUCUACGUAUGAUUGCAGAUGACAUCAACUCUUCCUUACUUGCCCUCACUAAACCGAUAGACAGUAAUAUCUCCACUUUAUUCAGUUUCUAG